CCUGUCCGGUCUUGUCUUAGGUUUCACUUACCUUGUUGCUGUCGUGGGUCGCGGGUUCCUCUGAUGUCCGUGUCGUGCGGCGAAGCCUCAACUCCGAUCACCCCUCUACGAUGAAAUCGGAUGCUUUCACUUAGAUCACUUAGAUGCACUGCUACUUGCGGGCCUACUCCAAUUCGGAUUUAUGAGUCCGGAUUUUUGCACUGUUAUUCACGCACUUAAUCAUCAGCCCGGACGGCUGCGCCAAUAAUACGUUCGCGGACGCGUUCGGAGUUUUAAAAAAGAACUCUAAUACAUCUCUGCCAACUAAUUAUAUUUAAAUUUGAUAAACAACUUAAUCUACUGGUGUCCAGGUGACAAAAGAGAGCGCGCAUGUAGUUGGUUAUUGCUUUUAUAAUAUUGAUUCGCUGAUGUUGCACAUUCCUUGGUGGCCUGAUGUAUGUGCUACGUGGCGGUGACUGGAUCCGAUGUAACUGUAUAUUUCAAAAUGACUAUUCUAAAGUCGGAUCAUCACAUGGUUCAUAAGGAUAACGUAACAACAUCCUAAUGAUAUUUUUAAACCAAUUAUUGCGAAAGACGAUCAGAAAAAUGGUUUCCCAUUUGGAUGAAUGAGAAAACUGACAAAAACGGAAACUCACUGUUAUUGAUAUUUUUUAUUGUUUUACAACUAUGGGUACAUUUUGGUUUAUACUUUCCUAUUUAAGGUAUAUUUUAAAUUAUGAUACAAUUUUCCACUCCAAUCCACACACACAGAAAAAUUAUGAUGUUUCCGGUACCACUGAAGCUGUUUUAUGGAGCAAUCUGAUUUAUUUAUGGAAUAUUUCACAAAUUAUAAUGGUAAAUACCUAACUGAUUUCAUAAUGCAGUAGUUUUUUUUAAAUUUCUACGGAGUAUUUCCACGUAAUUUAUUGGUGCAUUAAACAGGCCGCCGUGAACACCCCCGCAUCGUAGCCAUUUCCGGCGUGACGCGUCCAUUCAGUAGUGGCACCAUACGGUAGUAGUCCGCGUCGUCGGUGGCUCAACAAUUCCUCACGCUGGAGGAACCGGACAAAAUGCAAUCGGCCGAGUGUGCAGGAGUGAUUUCCCCGGUGGUAAUCGAAUCGGCUACUGCCCCCAUUUCCGUGGUGCCUCGUUCUACUACAGCUAAUCAUUGUUCCGGCGGUCAUUCGUCGUUGCUGCUGUCGACGUCUUCGACGUCGUCCUCGUUGUCCUCCUCGCCGGAAACGGUGCGAAGUGCAUCAUCUUCGACGACUACAUCCUCGUUAGGGCCGCAAACGGCACCGGCAGUGGUGCCACCUUCUUCUCCAGUGCCACCUCCAACGGUGCUCAAAACGAAACAGUGUCCGCGGGACGAUUUCGGGGAGGACGACGACGAGGACGGCCAAAACCGGGCGCCGCUGAUGAAGCAGCUGAAUAAACUGCUCACCCCACCGGACGAUCUGCUGCAGUGGAAGGACAUGCCCCAGCACCUGCAGUUCAACCCGUACGUCCUGACCGGAUACCGGCCGCUGCAAGGCGUCAAAGGAUGCCUCAGCAGUUUGUUCUACGUGCAUAACGAGACGAUUAAUAUUUUAACACACGGCAUUCCAAUAGUGUACAUCCUGGCAACAGUUCCGGCAAUGAUGCCAUGGGAGAAGGAGUACCGCUUUCUCUCGUGGUGCCAUCUGGUCGGUUCUGUUGCGCCCUGGUGCGGUAGCUUUGUGUACCAUCUCUUCAUGAAUCUGGAACUGGGCGAGAGCGCGUACUACCGGUUACUGCAGCUCGAUAUGCUCGGCAUUUGGAUUAGUCAAAGUUUCGGUGCGCUUCCCAUGGUAACGGCAACGGUCUACUGCCUGGGCUGGCCUCUCAAGUGGCUCAUCAUCAUAUCGUACUCCAUGCUGUGCAUUUGGGGUCUGUACAAGGCCAUGACGGCGUCCUCACCGUGGCAACGGAGGCUCUGUUUCCUGCUGCCCUUCAUGAUGCGAAUCAUGCUCACGCUGUUGCGGAUAUCGAAGCUGGGCGGUGGGAAUCCCUCCUCGCUGACACACGUAUUUCUGCAGGACGCCGUUUCGGCCGUGGGUGGCGUGAUUGGAGCGAUGCACAUACCGGAAAAGUGGUUCCCCGGCAGUGUGGACAUCUAUCUCAACUCGCACAACAUCAUGCACGUGCUGGUGGUCAUGGCCGUCUACUCGAUGCAUCAGGCAACCAUCCGGGACAUCGAGUGGAUGCAAAAUGCCGAAUGUAGCCGCUCCAAUCUGACGUCAUCGCUGAACAUAGACGCCAUCAACGGGUCGCACCUGGAGCUAUGACCAGUUGGAACCGAAUAUUCCGUCCCGCGGGAUGCUGCCACCGUUGGUUGCCAUUCCCCGUCCCUGGCCUACCUGGCCUUCGUCAACGCCAACGUCAACGCCGCCAGGAUCUGUGCUGUCGGUUCCGGAGGUAGCACCAGCACUCUUAGACCGGCCAACAAAUCGAGGAGCAGCACAGAGGACACUUUACCGCCAUCUCCGGCUAACGGCACCUGGUGGACGCUGGUGGAAUUCGUUCGACUGCGUAUUCUCCCGACGCGCUGCAACACGCAAUACUCCGCCGGUGGUGAACUCGGCGAAAACAUCGAUGACGGUGCGUUUCGGUGGUUUAGUCGGAUUUUUGCCAUCGGUGGUCACCGAUAGGCGGUUCUUCUUCUGGCAGCAGUGCUCGCCCCCGCGCCUUUCGCUCUCGCUCUUCUGCUGUCCUGUCUGUCUAGGUCUGUCCGUCUAUGCUCUCAGGGGGGCGGUUUGUCCGGAUUGCGAAUCGGAUGUGAUAGGAUUGUCAUGAUUGCCUCUUU